AUGGAUGUCACGAACGGCAUGAGGCCCAUUUUCGGAGGCUACCCAUUCCAAGGACAGGGGCGUAUGAAUCAACUGGGCGGUGUCUUCAUAAACGGGCGACCUCUUCCGAAUCACAUUCGAUUGAAAAUCGUUGAAAUGGCUGCGGCAGGGGUUCGUCCUUGCAUUAUCUCGCGGCGUCUUCGCGUUUCUCAUGGCUGCGUUUCGAAAAUUCUGAAUCGCUAUCAAGAGACGGGCUCCAUCAGGCCCGGUGUCAUCGGCGGCAGCAAACCGAGGGUCGCCACCCCCGAAAUCGAGGCAAGAAUCGAAGAAAUGAAGAGGGAUAAUCCUGGAAUCUUCUCGUGGGAGAUCAGAGAAAAGCUCGUCAAGGAAGGCUUCUCAGAUCCACCGAGUGUCAGCUCUAUCAGCAGAUUGUUGCGCGGCGGACGACCAGGCGACGACGGAAAGAAAGAUUACACCAUCGACGGAAUUCUGGGCGGCGGCCGUUGUGGUGACGAGUCCGACACGGAAAGCGAACCUGGCAUUCCUUUGAAGCGAAAGCAACGCAGGAGCAGGACCACGUUCACCGGAGACCAACUAGAGCAACUGGAGACUGCGUUCCAACGUGCUCAGUAUCCGGACGUUUACGCCAGGGAAGAACUGGCCCAAAGGACUGGUCUCACGGAAGCUCGAAUUCAAGUAUGGUUCAGCAAUCGUAGAGCGCGAUUGCGAAAGCACGCUGGCAACAUAGCCCAUUCGGUAGGAAGCUUACCAUUGACUCCCUGUCAGUACGCGGCGAGUCACGAGCUCGCGCAAAUACCACAAAUAGCUCAAAUGUCGGCUGGAAUACCGCAGGUGGCAACCGCGUUGCACCAGACCCCGACGACGCUCCAGCAACCAAACUCCGGCGCCGUUUACCAAGUUCCGGGGACCAGCCCACAGAUAUCCACCACCACUUCCGUCACCCAAGUACCCACUACGAUCAGUAGCGUGCUUCAGGGGCACGCGGUAUCAAUUUCGGGACACCUGAGUUCUUUUCAAGGGCACGCGAUGCAAAUCGGACAGGUUCCAACCAUCCAACCACCCGCGGCUCACGGACCACCCACGACGAUUUCUCAUAACGCAGGAAACACCGAUUGGUGCAGGGCACAACUCGGCUGGGGGCAGUUUGGUCACUUUCAAGGUGAAUAUUCAUCGAGUCAUCCACAUUCGUCGCAUGUAAGUCAUACCGCAUCUUCCAGUAGCGUUAAUUCUCCAUCAGCAGUUGAAUGGUACGAUCCAGGUUACGAUUAUUCUCAACACGUUCAGCUCAACUAUCAUCGAACAGCGGGUGGAAUAUUUUAA